AUGUUCUCUCCGCCGCCGCUUCUCCACCGCAACCGACCGCCUGACCGGCCAAAUCCUCGCCGCCGUCAUUCGAAACAGACCUCUCGACUCCGCUCCUACCCACCACAACCAAACCCGCAUCUGGACAUCAGAAAACGUCUCUCAGGUCCUGAGAUCAAUCCCUCUACACCUCUUCCAGUCGCCGAGAUCCAUCGGCCGCCAGAAAACCCACCGCCACCGCUCCCUAUCCGUCAGCGAAACCUCAAGCAGGAAACAACCAAUCGCAAAACAGGCUCCCUAAUCCUCGGCCCCGCUGCCCACAGAGACCCCAAGCUCCUGAAUCUCGGCCUCGAGAAGGCGCUCGAGUUCUUCUACUGGGUCGAGAACCGGUUCGGCUUCCGGCACGACGAGUGGACCUGCCGCGAGGUGGCGAUCGUCCUCACCAAAGGCAAUCGAAUGAACCUUCUCUGGGAUUUCCUCAAGAACAUGUCGAGGCGGCGGCACGACCUCGUCACCACCUCCACCAUGACCUGCCUCGUCAAAACCCUAGGCGACCAAGGCCUAGCGAACGAAGCCCUCUCCAGGGUCUAA